GCCGCUGCCCCGCGCGCGCCGCCGCCCGCUCCCGACGGGACCCCCCCGGCCGCCGGCCGCGCCGCCGCCAUGUCGUUUCGGAAGGUGGUUCGGCAGAGCAAGUUCCGGCACGUGUUCGGGCAGGCGCUGCGCACCGAGCAGUGCUACGACGACAUCCGCGUGUCCCGCGUCACCUGGGACAGCACCUUCUGCGCCAUCAACCCCGCCUUCCUCGCCGUCAUCGUGGAGGCCAGCGGAGGGGGGGCUUUCCUCGUCCUCCCCCUGCACAAGACUGGGCGCAUCGACAAGUCGUACCCCACGGUGUGUGGGCACACGGGCCCCGUCCUGGACAUCGACUGGUGCCCCCACAACGACCACGUCAUCGCCAGCGGCUCCGAGGACUGCAGCGUCAUGGUGUGGCAGAUCCCCGAGCAGGGGCUGAGCCAGCCGCUGACGGAGCCGGUGGUCGUGCUGGAGGGACACUCCAAACGCGUGGGCAUCGUCUCGUGGCACCCCACCGCCCGCAACGUCCUGCUCAGCGCGGGGUGUGACAACGUGGUGCUGAUCUGGAACGUGGGCACGGCGGAGGAGCUGUACCGGCUGGACGGGCUGCACCCCGACCUCAUCUACAGCGUCAGCUGGAGCCGCGACGGGGCCCUGUUCUGCACCGCCUGCAAGGACAAGAGCGUGCGGGUCAUCGACCCCCGCCGUGGCACCGUGGUGGCUGAGAAGGAGCGGGCACAUGAGGGGGCCAGGCCCAUGAGAGCCAUCUUCCUGGCCGACGGCAAGAUCUUCACCACCGGCUUCAGCCGCAUGAGCGAGAGGCAGCUGGCACUGUGGGACACGGACAACCUGGAGGAGCCCAUGGGGCUGCAGGAGCUGGACUCCAGCAACGGGGCUCUGCUCCCCUUCUACGACCCCGACACCAACGUGGUCUAUGUCUGUGGCAAGGGAGACUCAAGCAUCAGGUACUUUGAGAUCACGGAGGAGCCGCCCUACAUCCAUUUCCUCAACACCUUCACCAGCAAAGAGCCCCAGCGGGGCAUGGGCUGGAUGCCCAAGCGUGGGCUGGAUGUCAGCAAGUGUGAGAUUGCCAGGUUUUACAAGCUGCACGAGCGCAAGUGUGAGCCCAUCAUCAUGACAGUGCCAAGGAAGUCGGACCUGUUCCAGGACGACCUGUACCCCGACACGGCGGGGCCCGAGGCGGCGCUGGAGGCGGAGGAGUGGGUGGCGGGGCGCACGGCGGGGCCGGUGCUGCUCUCGCUGCGCACCGCCUACGUGCCCCCCAAGCAGCGGGAGCUGCGCCUCAACCGCCGCAGCCUCCUGCACGACGGGCGCGCCCCCUCCGCCGCCGCCGCCGCCCCCUCACCCGCCCCAGCCGCCGCCGCAGCCCCCAGCACGCCGCCCAGCACGCCGCCCCCGACCCGCCUCAGCGCUCCCCCGGCCCUGGGAACCGGCACCGCGGGGCACACGGGGGCGGGGCGCCUGGACGAGGUGCUGCAGGAGGUGUCGGCGCUGCGGGCGCUGGUGGCCGAGCAGGGGCUGCGCAUCACCCGCCUGGAGGAGCAGCUCAGCCGCCUGGAGAACGGGCACGUCUAGGGACACACCCCUCCUGUAACUCCCACCGGGACCAUCCCCCCACUUCCCCCGGGGUCUGUCCUUUUCCCCCCUCUCUGGUGGGUCUUUCCCCCUUUCAGAGGGCUGGCGGCUCCUCUGGCAGCUCCCCCCGUGCCCCCCCAUUGCCUUACUGGGUGCUGCCUCCCCCAGCUGGGGACCAUCUCACUCUGUAAAUCGUGGACCAUCCCCUUCCUAAACUGUGGGCCAUGUCUCCCCCAAAUUAUGGACCAUCUCCUCCAAAUCACGGGUUCUCCCCCCCCAAAUCAUGGACUAUGCCCCCCCCCAAAAUCACAGGCCAAAGUUUCUUCCCCCCCCCCCCAAGUCAUGGACCAUCCUCACCCCAAAUCAUGAACUAUGUACUCCCUCAAGUCAUGGAACUUCCCCUCCCCCAAAUAAUGGACCAUCUCACCCCACAAAUCGCGGGCCAUCUACCCCCCAAAUAAUGGACUGUCACCCCCAAAUGACAGACUAUGUACCCCCUAAAUCACAGGUCAAGGUCCCCCCCCAGUCAUGGACCAUCUGCCCCCAAAUCAUGGACCAAUGGCCCCCCAAAUCAUGGACCAUUCCCCCCCAAAUCAUGGACCAAUUGCCCCCAAAAUCAUGGGCCAGUUACCCCCCCAAAUCAUAGACCACUCUCCCUCUUGCCCCAUCCUCAGGCCAGGGCCUACUCCCAGGAUCAAACACUACCCCCUGCACCCCCCUUCCCUGGGUGGGGUGGAGGCUUUCCCCCCCUUUUGUGUUGGGCAGGGCAUGAUCUGCCCCCUCUAAGCUGUGGAAUAUUGUCCCCCCUAUAUUUUGGGGGCUUCCUCCCCCUUCCCAUUGCCCCCCCCCCCCCAUACAGUGCAGGGUCAGAAACUAUAUUUUCAUUCCAAAUA